CCGCGCGGGAGGGGGUGUGGGUCACGUGAUGUUUUCGCCGUGGUGCCGCCGAGCCUGCUUGCUGGUGUGAGGAGAGAAGCGGGAGACUCGGAGGAGCCCGGCGCGUCCCACCGGCGGCGAGGGGGUGGCAGCAGCCGGCUUGCCCGCCCGCUCUCUCGCUCGCCCGCUCUCUCGCUCGCAGGCCGGGAGCCGCCGGGUCGGCCGGCGCGGGGAGUCCCGCGGGCACUCAUGUCCAGCCGGGCCUGGGAGACCCUUCCCUUGUGAGGGCGGCUGCUUCCCUCGCCCGCCCGGCGUAGCGAUUUGGACCCUGCCCUGGCCCCUUAAGAUGGCGAGCGGGAUGCUUGGCCCCGGCGGGGAAGGCGGCUGCACCGCGCUGGAAGGCAAAGACGAGGCGGUGGGCAACGCGGCCGGAGCGGCAGCGGCUGCAGCAGCGGCAGGCGGCGGCGGCUCCAGCCAGGCGUCCAGGCUGACGACGGCUGAGGAGGACCAGGAGCCGGCCGAGAGCGCUCCCUGCCCACCCCCGGCUCAGCCCCCGCAUCAUCUCAUGCUCCUGCUGAGGAAGUCCCCCAGCACCUCCCUCUGCCUCGUACAGGAAGAAGAGGCCUCGUUGCCUGGGGACCCCGCGGCCCUGGGGCGAGUGGGAGCCCCCGCCACCCCCCUGGGCCGGGCCGGGCCUGCAGUGACCUCCACCAGGGGGUCAGCUCCUACACCCCCAGCGGGCAUCACCUGGGGCGAUGAUGUGCGGAAGUGUGGCUACCUGAGGAAGCAGAAGCAUGGGCACAAGCGGUACUUUGUGCUGCGGGCGGACAGUCACCUGGGCCUGGCCCGGCUGGAAUACUACGACAGCGAGAAGAAGUUCAAGAGUAGCUUAAGAGCGGCCGCGGCGGUGGCAGUUGGGGGGAAUGUGGCCCUCUGCUGCCCGUCUCCGAAAAGGGUGAUUCCUCUGUACCAGUGCUUCACAGUCAGCCGGAGGGCAGAUGCCAAGCAUAAACACAUCAUUGCCCUGUAUACCAAGGAUGAGUAUUUUGCCAUGGUGGCUGAGAACGAGCCUGAGCAAGAAGGGUGGUACCAGGCCAUCAGUGAGCUCAUGAGCCAAAGCAAGAGAGGGGUCUUGGAGCAGGAAGACCAGGCUGACCAGCAGCUGGACGAUGAGGAUGAGCAUUACGGAGCUGCUCUUUGCCCAGGAACUGUGUUCAAAGAAGUUUGGCAAGUCAACGUGAAGCCUAAGGGCUUGGGGCAGACUAAGAAUUUGACUGGGGUGUACAGAUUGUGCCUCUCCAGCAAAGCCAUCCACCUUGUCAAGCUGAAUACUGAAGUACCCUCUGUCCACUUACAACUGAUGAACAUUCGGCGAUGUGGGCACUCGGAAAACUUUUUUUUCAUUGAAGUGGGCAGGUCUGCCUCCAUUGGACCAGGUGAGCUGUGGAUGCAAGUAGAUGAUUCGGUGGUUGCCCAGAACAUGCACGAGACUUUCCUAGAGACCAUGAAAGCUCUGAAGGCCUUUUCUGAGUUCAGACCUCGCAGCAAGAGCCAGUCUUCUGGGGGUGGCAGCAGUACCAAUCCUAUUUCCUUCAUAACUACCAGGAGGCAUCUUGGUAACCUGCCACCUAGCCAGACUGGCUUACAAAGAAGGUCCCGGACUGAGAGUGUUACUGGGGGCACUCCUCCUACCACCAAGAGCAACAGUGCUUAUCGCUUCAGAACCUCUAGUGAAGGGGAGGGGACCAUGACCAGACCAUUCAGAUCAGUUACUGGAAGUCUGAUUCAUUUGAAUACUGCACGGAUGAAUUUGGGCCGCCAAGAAGGAAGCGGACGAUAUGUUAGAGCAGCAUUCAGCUCGUCUUAUCACACCAGGUCUGCCUCUCUGCCAGUUUCUCAUUUUCCUUCUACUACUAGUCCCAUCAGUGUUUCUUCAAGUAGUGGGCCUGGAUCAGUGACAGAUAACCUUGUAAGGCCUUCCAGUUCAUCUGUCUGUGGGUCCCCAAGUGAUGGAGGUUUCAUUUCUUCAGAUGAAUAUGGUUCCAGCCCUGGAGACUUCAGGUACUUUCGUGUGAGAAGUAACACCCCAGAUUCCUUGGGGAAUACGCCACCAAUCAGAGAAGAAAAUUGCUUAAAUGAAUACAUGUCUAUGAACAAGCAGCAAACAGAUAAUAGUUCAAGAGAUGAUUACCGGGAGGCUGACAAAUGCUUUCGAAAAAGAACCUACUCUUUAACUAAACCUGCUUCAGUACCAGGACAACAGAAAACAACCCAAACUGCUUUAGAUGAAGAUUCCUCAGGAAGCCAUGGACGCCUGUCUUGUUCUGAAUCACCAAGAUUCAAAAAUAACCCUGAACCUGAGUACGAGGAAUCAAUUCUUGAUUCUGUAUGUAAUCAAAGCAAGAAUAAAGCCAGAGAUGAUGGGUACAUGCCAAUGAUGCCAGGAGUUGCAUCUUCUCUUGCAAGCAACAGUGACUACUUGCCAAUGACUCCUAAAAGUAUUUCUGUUCCAAAACAGAUUAACAGUUCCUGGUUGUCAUCUCAGGCAGAUUCUAAAGGAUAUAUGAUGAUGUUUCCUCGAGCUAUCUCCUCACCCAUACGUAAUCCUUUAACUGAAUUUAAUUCUAAAACUGGUCAUGAAAAGUCAACAAAUAACGAGUACAUGGAUAUGUCUCCUGGAAAUUCUACUGCUCCAAAGCAACCCUGUGAUCCAGAUUAUAUGCAUGCCAACAUUGAUUCCAAAAAUUUUGGCUCAUAUUUCUCUCUCCCGCGAAGCUUUAAGACUCUGACUGGGGAGCAUGAUGAGUAUGUUCCGAUGUCAUCACCUGGAAAAUUAUUGUAUGUUGGAUCUGAAAAUGGUAAAAACAUCAGCAAUGAAGUUCUGGCUAAUGGCCUUUCCAGAUCACCCCUUCUGAAAAGUUCAGAAGAAGGCCUUGCCCAGAACAGGGUUACUAGGCCUACGAGACUUCCACUAGCAACUAGAGGUAGUAACACCAUACCAAGAAUGUACGAUCGCACAAUUCCACUUGAGCCAUCUAGCCCUGGUGAAUAUAUAAAUAUUGAUUUUGGUGAAAAAGCAAGUAAUACACCAUACUCCUUAUCUGCCGAAGGAUCCCCAUCAUCGCUUGGCUCCAGUAGUGACCACAGGCAGUCACCACUCUCUGACUAUAUGAGUGUUGAUCUUGAUGUUCAGUCCCCCAAAGCUUGUAAAGAACUGUCUAACUCUUUGACAGAUAUUUCAAUUUAUGCAAGUUCGAGUAUCCCUAGAAACCUGCCUGAUGCUGAUUAUGCCAGGCUCUCCUUUGGUACUGCUUGUGUUAGCACAGCACAUGGUAGGAUUGAUGACUACACCGAGAUGACCUUCAACAUGGCAGCCACACCACCUGGACCAUUUGCCACAGAAAGCAAAAAUGGAUUAAAGAUUGAUAGUCCUCCUUCUAUAGUUAACAGACUCUGCAUCGUUGACCAAUAUGCUAGCAGCAGUGACUUCUCUGUUUCUAGUCCCGAUCCUCCUGUAGUUCCUAAAGUCAUUCGAGCUGACCCACAGGGAAGGAGGCGGCAUAGCUCUGAAACCUUUUCUUCUGCAGCCACUGUUACCACUUCCUCCUCUUUCUUUACUGACAGUAGUAAAAGGCACAGCUCUGCCUCUUUUGACAAUGUGUGGUUGAAACCCGAAGAACAUAUUUCGGAUGGCCAUGAAAGCAAGAUGUCCAGGGAUACUUCAACUGGAUUUCAGAAUGGCUUAAAUUAUAUAGCUCUAAAUUUACGGGAGAAUUCACUAAACUGUGAGGAGAGCCCUAAUACACCAAAUUGCCACCUCCCAAAUGGUACUCUAAAUCUGGAAAGUGGAGUAUAUGUAAGCAUAGAUUUCAGCAGAUCAGACAGUUUGAAGUGCAGCUCCGCAAGAAAAGACUGAUGGCAUUACCAUGGAAACCAUUGUGAGAAGAGCAGGCUUUCCAGCUGGUAUCUCCAUAAUGGUGUGGUGCUUUUGGAAGCAGAGCCCAUCUCCAGCCAACUCUGAUCACUUCCACCAGCACAGACAUGGACAUGCGUCAUUGGAAUGAUAGUUCAUUGAGUGGUGGUUGAGUCUGCAGUUGUACUAAUCCAGAUGAACUUUUGUCACGGCUGAGUUUGGAUGAAAGAGGUUCUCUCUCCCUGCCCCACUCUCUGGCUCUCUUAGCAUCAUCUGUGAGACAAUAUGAAUGCUUGAGUAGAAACAACAACUUUCGGCACGACUUCUACACCUCCUGCACCAGUUUUGUUCUGAGAAGCUGCAGUAUCAGAGAAGCUUCCUAAUACGGGUUUGCUUUUCUAGUACUUGAAGUGAUAGCUAAACACUUUAUCAUUGGCUUAGAGUUAUUAUUUUUUGGCAAUUACAAACCCAUUUUGAGAGGAUGGGGAAAACAUGUCACGGCAACGAUCCUAAGCAAACUUAUUUGUAACUCUCAUUGAAAUCAGUAGAUCAUAGUUUCAGAGCUAAGGGCCUGCAGCUAAUCUUUUGGAUAGCAAAAUUCCAACAGACACACACAUGCACACGCAACACUCCCAGGUCCCACUAAUUAAAAAACAGACUCUGGGAGAACGCUCUUUCCAUUGCCUGCCUGUUCUUGCAUGCGCCAUAGAGAUGCUCUUGUUUUCCUUUCCCUCUGGAGAAGCUACAACCUCUCUUCUCCCUCCCACCUCAGCAAAGAAGCCUUUUCUUGAUUCUUCCCCUCGUGGCCCCUUGGAAAACGACCGCCGAAGCAAGCCACAGUGGUAGCUGCAAUUGUUGGAAAGCAGGUGAACUAACUGCUGGGUGGGAGGCACGUAGCAUGGUUCCUCUUCCUCUUUCCUUCUGCGAAGAGGAUGAGGCAAGCAGAGGUCACAGUCUCGUCCUCAGUUACAGGGGAGGAACCACCAGUGAAUUUAGUGGUACUUAAAGGCGAGGCGCAUAGAAUCGGACUGUAAAUGAACAGUCCUCUCACACGCUGGUCCUCCCAGGUUGAUCCCCACCUGGUGAUGGUGAGAUUUCACAGCCGCAAAGAGCAAUAUGCUAUAAAGGAGAGAAGUGGUACUCUCUGUUUUUUGUUCGUUUGCUUAAUUUCACUUUACGGUACAAGAAAUUUAUGAGUCCUAUAUCCUUUUUUUUUUUUUUAAUAAACCUAUGUCCUCUUAAAUUUAAGAGUAUUCUGAGCAUAUCUGGAAUGUAAAAAUAGAACUGAAGAAUUGGUUGUAUCUUGAUUAUAGUUAAAGGAUUUUCUUAUGUCCCUGUAUAGUUACUUCUAUGACUUUUAAAUUUUGGAUAAAUGGGGAGUUGAUUUUUUUAUAAACUCAAAUGGAAAACUUGCCGACUUUGCAACUGUAUAUUACCCUUGCAUUACAAUGUUAAUGUGCUGUAGAGCUUUUAUAGAGAGAAUCGCUUAAUCUUACACUUUGAUAAAAGAUCCCUUUUAUUUGGAGCCAUUCCUUAUUUUCCCCUGAAGUUAGCAAAAGCGUAACUAAUACAUUAUUAUUAUUAUUAUUAUUAUUAUUAUUAUUAUUCCUAAUGUGGAGAAAAGAAGACCUUUCUUACUAGGGUCGUUGUUUAAAAUUGGAGAGUCAAAAUAGCAGCAGAAGCUAGGUACAUCACAUCCUAGGCUUGUGUCGUUAGAGAGCUUGACACCGGGGUUGGUACAACUAGUAUGUAUUAAUAAUUCGAAGCACUGAUAUUGAAAAGAGUUGAAAGCAGUACACAGAUCCUCAGGUGCCACAUGGCUGGUAUUCCUCUACCUUGAAUAUUGUGCAAAUAUUAAAGUGCUGCCGCAUCUUUUGACCUCUGGUCUUUUAGAAUUACUACACCAGUUUGUGAAGCAAAUCAGAUCCUCCUCAGUUUUGACGUUCAUUGUCGUGUACUGGAAUCUCUUUGGUUCGACUUAAUGUGCUUGUCACCUAAUGGCCUAGGGAACUUUUGCCAAAUGCAGCUGAUACCGAUGAGCUUAUGUGGAAUGCAGUAAUUGGAAGGGAAAAAAAUGCUGCAGAGUUUAAAAGCACAGAUGAGUUUCUGAAUCUAUAAAAGCAGGAUUUUCAAGAGUAAAGUUAACCAGUUGCUGCUAAACAGAUUUUAACUUUAAAAAUAUGACCACUUUUCUAGACCACAGUGCUGUCUUGCAAUGUUCUUUUGGUUUGGAUUCUGUAAAUUAACAAUGCAAUAGGCCAGCCCUUACCAAACCAGCGUCCCGACAAAUUUGUUUAGCCUGCCUGUCCCAGAAUGCCCAGCGGCGCUAGCAGUAAUUCUGGGAGCCUGAACAUCUCUGGAGGGUGCCAAUUUGGAAAAGGCUGUGGAAGGUACUUUUACAUCUUUUGGUUAAAUGAAUAAAAUUUGGGAGAUAAUUCAAAAGGAUGAAUUAUGAAAAAGGUUUGAUAAAAGUUACAUUCUUUACGUAUGAAAUCCUGAGGCUGCCGUAUAGCACUGAUUUUGCAAAUGCUGAAUAAAUGGGUAACCUCGAAACUACUGGUACAAAUACUAACAGGUACAGCAUAAUAAAAUAUGCAAUCUUUCUUGUCUUAGUUUACAGCAACUAACUCCUUCAGUAUUGUGCUGGAAGACCAUCUCCAACUAUGUAAAACAUAUCACUAUGCGGGCAACCUUCCAGCCCCCCAUUUUAUGCUGCUGUAGAGUACAGAGAAACCAACGAUGGAACAAUGCUUGUCCUGUAAAUUUUAAUUUGAUAUUGGACAGUUGUCUGUACAAACUAAAACAUACAUGGUUGAAGUUGUUCAUUAUAUUUGCUAUUUCUGCUUCACUGAUCUGUUUAAAGGUUUGAGCUGACUGAUCUGGCCGUGUCUUCCACUGUAAAUAUUGUUACAUCGUUUUUCAUGGUAAAAUGCAGCACAUUUGCAAUUUUGGGAGACUAGCUUGAAGCUUUGUAUAGUGUUUAUAUUUAUCUGAAUACGCUUUCCAUAAUGCUACCUGCAGUAAAUGUGUUCAUGUA